ACCCAAGGGAACAGAAAUUCCGAAGGGACUAACCCAGGCGGCAGAUCUUCCGUAGGGGGGCUCGGGAAGGGAAGUCUAGCUGACUCAUUAGGUAAAGAGGGUCUGGAGUCCAUUGGGACUGGUGAUAACAAUUUAGGACUUAGUGGAAUCUUAGGGAUAAGUCUGACUGUAGGUGUGAUGUUUGUUGUUUCAGGUUAUGGUUUCUAUCGUAUCUUUGGAGGACGAAGGAAAAAUAAGGGGUUACGACCAGGAAUGUACCAACAGAGGAAAGUCGGAUAUCUGAUAAAGCAGUGA